AUGAUUUUCCUACCCACAGAGGCUCUGUCAAGACCUUUUUGGCCGGAACGAAGUCAAAACGCGAAAGGUAGGAGAGGGGACGAAGACGCAUCAGUAGACGCAGAAAGAGAGCCUCCUAAGGCAUAUGAAGUUGCUGAUGAACUGAGGAAGUCAAACUCCCUUUCUAUCCGAGAGAGGAGUUCGAAAUACCGACUCACUCGUACGACAGUACAAGGGGUGUGGUGGGCAUAUGAGAGAGGCGGGAAGGCCUCUGCCCAGAUAAAUGCACGAGUUUCGAUCCCCUUACCACCCAUGCGAGUCGAAGAACUUGGCUUGAAUGCCGCCGUAGAGAUCUGUUGUAGAACGAAAUUCCCUGUCUACGAUUCAGCCUCUUGUAGUCGCCAGCUAGUCAACCAGAAAAGUGUACUAAGGGUCGAUGUAAUUGAGAAAGCUAGUCAGUCUUUUUUGAGGAAGGGGCAUGGGAGAGCGGUGAGUUGA